CUCGAACGCGCCAAAUGAAGAAAACACAAAUCGCGUUGCAUAGUCUGACAGAGGAAGACACCAGGGACACUUUCGAAUUACUUAUACCGUCUUUGCAAAUGUUACCAUACGUGCUUAUUUCUUAAAACCGGGUGUUUUUUCCGAUUGUUUUCAUCGCUCUGUUGUCGGAACACAGCAGUAGACGAUGGUUCUGCAGAACAGCGGACGGUAUAAGGCGGACCGGGGACAAAGUGGAGGAGAUCAGGAAAACCAGGACGAUGGCUCCUCCAUGUCUGCCCUCAAGCGGCUGGAGCGCAGCCAGUUCACCGACGACAUGGACGCUCGCUUCGGUUUCGACCGGAUAAGGGAGCCAGGGGAGAAAACUGGCUGGCUCAUCAACAUGCACCCCACGGAGAUCCUGGACGAAGACAAGAGGAUGAUCAGUGCUGUGGACUAUUAUUUCAUCCAGGAAGAUGGAAGCAGGUUCAAGGUGGCUCUUCCUUUUAAGCCUUACUUUUACAUCGCCACUAAAAGGAACUGCGACAGAGAGGUAAUUUCAUAUCUGUCUAAGAAGUUUCAAGGAAAGGUGGCAAAGCUGGAAAGUCUCCCUAAAGAGGACUUGGACCUGCCGAACCACUUGGUCGGCCUGAAAAGAAGCUACAUCAAGCUGUCCUUCAACACCGUGGACGACCUGGUCAAAGUCAAGCGCGACAUCGCCCCAGCUGUACGCAAGAACAGGGAGAGAGAGCAGUCCAACGAUGCCUACACCUCAAUGCUGUCCAGCGCUAUGUCCGGCGCCGGAAUGACCACAGCAGAUGAAGACGUUGCGUCAAAGAGCAUCGCAGAUCAGUUGGACAACAUAGUGGACAUGAGAGAGUAUGACGUCCCCUACCACGUGAGAGUGUCCAUCGACCUCAAGAUCCACGUGGCCCACUGGUACAAUGUUCGAUACAGAGGCAGCGCCUAUCCGCCAGAGAUCGUACGCAGAGACGACCUCGUUGAGCGCCCAGAUCCGGUGGUUCUGGCUUUUGACAUUGAGACCACCAAACUUCCUCUGAAAUUCCCAGACGCAGAGACGGAUCAGAUUAUGAUGAUCUCUUACAUGAUAGAUGGACAGGGGUUUCUCAUCACAAACAGGGAGAUUGUCUCUGAGAACAUUGAAGAUUUUGAAUUCACUCCCAAACCCGAGUACGAAGGGCCUUUCACCGUCUUCAAUGAGGAUGAUGAGGCUGCUCUCAUUCAGAGGUGGUUCGAUCAUGUACAAGAAACCAAACCCAACAUCUUUGUCACAUACAAUGGAGACUUUUUUGAUUGGCCUUUCGUUGAAACUCGGGCCGCUCUCCAUGGGCUUAGCAUGCACAGAGAGAUCGGUUUUCAGAAGGACAACCAGGGGGAGUACAAGUCCAGUCAAGCCAUCCACAUGGACUGCUUGAGGUGGGUCAAGAGAGACAGUUACCUACCUGUAGGAAGCCACAACCUAAAGGCAGCAGCGAAGGCCAAACUGGGCUACGACCCGGUAGAAUUGGACCCAGAGGAGAUGUGCCGCAUGGCAACUGAGGAACCACAGACUUUAGCCACCUACUCUGUGUCAGAUGCUGUGGCCACAUAUUACCUUUACAUGAAAUACGUUCAUCCCUUCAUCUUCGCCCUCUGUACCAUCAUCCCCAUGGAGCCUGAUGAGGUGCUGAGGAAGGGGUCUGGGACUCUGUGCGAGGCCCUGCUCAUGGUGCAGGCCUUCCAUGCGAACAUCGUCUUCCCCAACAAGCAGGAGCAGGUUUUCAACAAGCUGACCGACAGCGGCCACGUCUUGGACUCGGAAACCUACGUGGGCGGGCACGUGGAGGCGCUGGAGUCCGGAGUGUUCCGCAGCGACAUCCCCUGUCGCUUUAAAAUGAACCCAGGUGCUUUUGACUUCCUGCUGAAACGGGUUGAGAGAACAAUGCGUCACGCCAUUGAGGAGGAGGAGAAAAUCCCUCUGGACCAGGUCACCAACUUUAACGAGGUUUGUGAUGACAUAAAAGACAAGCUGACUUCCUUGAAGGAGGUUCCAAACAGGAUUGAAUGCCCCCUCAUUUACCAUCUGGAUGUUGGCGCCAUGUAUCCCAACAUCAUUCUUACUAAUCGCCUGCAGCCAUCGGCUAUGGUGGACGAAGCCACCUGUGCUGCCUGUGACUUCAACAAGCCCGGAGCCACCUGCCAGAGGAAGAUGGCCUGGCAGUGGAGAGGAGAAAUCAUGCCUGCAAGUCGUAGCGAGUUCCACCGCAUCCAGCAGCAGCUGGAGUCUGAAAAGUUCCCCCCGCUGUUUCCCAACGGCCCACCGCGGGCCUUCCACACCCUCAACAGGGAGGAGCAGGCCAAGCACGAGAAGAAACGUCUGGCUGACUACUGCAGGAGGGCCUAUAAGAAGACUCACGUCACCAAGCUGGAGGAGCGAGUCACCACCAUCUGCCAGAGGGAGAACUCCUUCUACGUUGACACCGUCAGAGCCUUCAGGGAUCGGCGCUACGAGUUCAAAGGACUUCACAAGGUGUGGAAGAAGAAGCUGUCGGCGGCUCAGGACAGCGGAGAUGCUGCCGAGGUGAAGCGCUGCAAAAACAUGGAGAUCCUCUACGAGUCUCUCCAGCUGGCCCACAAGUGUAUUCUGAACUCCUUCUAUGGCUACGUCAUGAGGAAAGGGGCCCGCUGGUACUCCAUGGAGAUGGCUGGGAUUGUUUGCUUCACCGGAGCCAACAUCAUCACACAGGCCAGAGAGCUCAUUGAACAAAUAGGGAGACCUCUUGAGCUGGACACAGACGGUAUCUGGUGUGUCCUCCCCAACACCUUUCCCGAGAACUUUGUGGUAAAGACCAGCAACGAGAAGAAGCCCAAGGUGACCAUCUCCUACCCGGGGGCCAUGCUGAAUAUCAUGGUGAAGGAGGGAUUCACCAACGACCAGUACCACGAGCUGGUCGACCCUGCCUCACUCACUUACAACGUCAGGGCAGAGAACAGCAUCUUCUUUGAAGUGGAUGGGCCGUACCUGGCCAUGAUCCUGCCUGCCUCAAAAGAGGAGGGCAAGAAGCUCAAGAAGAGGUAUGCUGUUUUUAAUGAGGAUGGCUCUCUGGCUGAGCUCAAGGGUUUUGAAGUGAAGAGAAGAGGGGAGCUCCAGCUUAUUAAGAUCUUUCAGUCAUCUGUGUUUGAAGCCUUCCUCAAAGGGACCACUCUGGAUGAAGUUUAUGCAUCUGUGGCCAAAGUGGCAGACUACUGGCUCGAUGUCCUUUACAGCAAGGUAGAUACCAAGGCUGCCAAUAUGCCAGAUGUAGAGCUAUUCGAACUGAUUUCAGAGAAUCGUUCAAUGUCCAGAAAGCUGGAGGAUUACGGAGAGCAGAAAUCCACAUCCAUCAGCACGGCCAAGAGGCUGGCAGAGUUUCUGGGGGACCAGAUGGUGAAAGAUGCCGGUCUCAGCUGUCGCUAUGUCAUCUCCCGUAAACCUGAGGGAUCCCCUGUCACAGAGAGGGCCAUUCCUCUGGCCAUUUUCCAAGCGGAGCCCAGUGUGAAGAAGCAUUUCCUUAGAAAGUGGCUGAAGAUGCCCAGCCUGCAUGACUUGGACAUCCGCUCUAUCCUUGACUGGAACUAUUAUAUAGAGCGGCUGGGCAGUGCGAUCCAGAAAAUCAUCACCAUCCCUGCAGCUCUGCAACAGGUGAAGAAUCCAGUUCCCAGAGUGAGGCAUCCUGACUGGCUUCACAAGAAACUCCUGGAGAAAAAUGACAUCUACAAACAAAAGAAAAUUAGUGAGCUGUUUACCAGCGAGGGCAAGAGGCAGGUGGCCCAUCAGCCUCUUGAAGCCGGCCAAGCUGCAGACAUUGAGGACUUUGGGAUGGCUGCCAGACCUCUGCAGCCAGCCAUCCUCAUCAGCACCAAGAGAAAGCGAGCCUCGCAGGGAGACGACAGCCAGGUGGAGUCUCAGGACGUCGAGCUCACACAGUCCUGGAGAGAAAUCCUUGGACCUCCCCCUCCUAUGGGGGCAACACGGGAGGAGCGUCUGGUGUGGCUUCGCUACCAUAAGAAAAAGUGGGAGCUGCAGCUCAGGCAACGGAAGGAGAGAAAGAAGAGGAGGAAGUUGCUGGAUGGUGAAGCGCAGCCCGUCGGCGGAGGCGUGAUCAGAGAUGGCCCCACCACCGGCCUGGGGGGCUUUCUCCGCAGGACAGCGCGCAGCAUCCUGGACAUGCCGUGGCAGAUUGUGCAGAUUGCAGAGACAAGUCACCCUGGUCUGUACAAGCUGUGGGCGGUUAUUGGAAAUGACCUCCACUGCAUGAAACUCAACAUCGCACGUGUCUUCUACGUCAACCAGAGAGUGCCAAAACAAGAGGAGGGAGCCACAUACAAAAAGGUGAACCGCAUGCUGCCUCGCUCCAACGUGGCGUACUACCUGUAUGAGUACUCUGUGCCUGAGGACAUGUACCAGGAGCACAUCAACGAGAUCAACGCUGACCUCUCUGCGCCGGACAUCGAAGGCGUCUACGAAACUCAGGUCCCUCUGCUGUUCCGUGCACUGGUGCAGCUCGGAUGCAUGUGUAUGGUCAACAAACACGUCGUGAGGGAUCUGGCUGGCAGGGAGGCUGACACCUUCGACCUGGAGCAUCUUGAGAUGAGGUCUCUGGCCCAGUUCAGCUACCUGGAGCCUGGGAGUGUUCGCCACAUGUACCUGUAUCAUCACAGCCAGGGCCACAAGGCUUUGUUCGGCCUGUUCAUCCCCUCCCAACGGAAAGCAAACAUCUUCGUCCUGGACACAGUUAGAAGCAACCAGAUGCCCAACCUGAGUAACCUCUACACCGCUGAGCGAACCGCGCUCCUCGAGAAGACCACAGAAGAGCUGUUGCCCCCAGAGAAACACACUUUUGAGAUUCGGGCUGAAAACGACAUGAAGGCCAUCUCCCGCGCCCUGCAGCGCAUCCUGCUGAAUUACAAGGAGGAGCGACGUGGACCCACCCUCAUCGCUGUGCAGUCAAACUGGGAGUUGAGGCGACUGACAGCAGGGAUGCCGGUGCUUGAGGAGUUCCCCGUCGUUCCGGUGCACGUGGUGGAUGAGAUCAGCUAUAACGUGCUGGACUGGCAACGCCAUGGUGCCCGCCGCAUGAUCCGACACUAUCUCAACCUGGACAGCUGCCUGUCUCAGGCUUUUGACAUGGCCAGGUAUUACCACUUACCAGUGGGGAACUUGCCCCAGGAUGUGUCCACCUUUGGCUCGGACCUGUUUCUAGCCAGACAUCUACGGAAACACAACCACCUGCUAUGGCUUUCACCCACGGCCAGGCCAGACCUUGGAGGAAAAGAAGCGGAUGACAGUCGUCUGGUUAUGGAAAGCGACGACAGAGGCUCUGUGGAAAUUAAUGCACAAGGAUGUUAUUCCACAGUAUGUGUAGAGUUGGACUUGCAGAGCCUGGCGGUGAACACCAUCCUCCAGUCGCAGCACGUCAACGACAUGGAGGGCGGAGCCAGCCUUGGUGUCAGCUUUGAUGUCAUCCAGCAGGCCUCACUGGAGGACAUGAUGUCGGGGAAUCAGGGUGCAAGUGCUCUGGCUAGUUAUGACGAGACGGCUCUCUGCUCUAACACAUUCAGGAUCUUAAAGAGCAUGGUGGUGGGAUGGGUCAGGGAGAUCACACAGUACCACAACGUGUAUGCAGAUAACCAAGUCAUGCAUUUCUACCGGUGGCUGCGCUCUCCGAGCUCUCUGCUGUACGACCCAGCGUUGCAUCGCAUUCUGCACAACAUGAUGAAGAAGGUGUUCCUCCAGUUGGUCGCAGAGUUUAAACGUCUCGGCUCAACUGUGGUGUACGGAAACUUUAACAGAAUCAUCUUGUGUACUAAAAAACGCAGGAUAGACGAUGCGAUUGCCUAUGUGGAAUACAUCACCAACAGUAUACACUCUAGAGAAAUCUUCCACUCUCUGUCCAUCUCCUUCUCCCAAUGUUGGGAGUUUCUGAUGUGGAUGGACCCAGCCAACAAUGGUGGUGUGAAAGGGAAACUGCCCUCCAGCGUCUUGUACGGAGAGGAGAGCGACAAACGGAAGAAAAAGGGGCAAGGGGAGGGAGAUGAAGAUGGCAGCGAGGAUGAAGAGGAGGACAAUGGUGAAGAAGACGAUGGAGAUGGAGAGACUGAUGAGGUGGAGGAGCUCAUCGAAAGCAACUGGAAUAUCAUGCAAUAUCUCCCCCAGGCAGCCUCCUGUCAGAAAUACUUCCUAAUGAUCGUCUCAGCAUACAUUGCUGCAGUGUACCACAGCAUGAAAGAGGAGCUGAGACGCAACACUCCCGGAGCAACCCCCGUCAAAAGACGUGGAGGCAGCCAGGCUUCCCAGCAGGCGCUCGGAGACCCGAGUUCACUUCCUGGAAUGAUCACUUUCUCCCAGGAAUACGUGGCCAGCGAGCUGACACAGAACAUUUUCACCAUCACUCAGAAAAUCCAGAAAAAGGUGACCGGGACCAGGAACGUGACUCAGGCCUCAGAGAUGUUCCCCGUCCUGCCCGGGUCACAUCUGGCUCUCAACAACCCAGCACUGGAGUUUAUUAAAUAUGUCUGCCAGGUUCUUUCACUGGACGCCAACAUUAUGAAUCAAGUGAACAAGCUGAAGAGAGACCUCCUGCGACUGGUGGAUGUUGGAGAGUUUUCCGAGCAAGCCCAGUUCCGGGACCCGUGUAACUCCUACAUCCUACCGGAGGUCAUCUGCCACCACUGUAACUUCUGCAGGGACCUCGACCUUUGCAAGGACCCAUCAGUGGCACAGGACGGAUCUGUGUUGCCUCAGUGGUUCUGCUCAAACUGCCAGGCGCAGUAUGAGACGGAGUCUAUUGAGAUGGCUCUGGUAGAUGCACUGCAGAAAAAACUCAUGAGUUACACACUGCAGGACCUGGUGUGUAACAAAUGCAAGGGGGUUAAAGAAGCAAAUAUGUCCCUCUACUGUGGAUGUGCAGGAGACUUCGACCUCACUUUCUCAGCCAAGAGCUUCUCUGAGCAGAUCACUGUGUUUCGGAGCAUAGCGUCCCACUACAAUAUGAGAUUCCUGGAGGAGACCAUCAAUUGGCUGGUGCUCAUGAGCCCUCAGAUCAGCCAGAGCACUUAGUGAAUGUGACAUGCGACAAGAGGAUCCUCAGGCUUCCUGUGCUGCAUCAGAGAAUCACUCAGCGCUGAAACUUAAUGCGUUCUUGUAGCCGUAUUGUCUGUGUGGAGUGUGAGCUCAUGUAAUGAGAACACUUAUGAGGCAGGCAGGAGGAGAAUGUGUGCACUGUAUAUAUGUUUGAACCUGCUUUUACCAAUUUUUAGCAACACGUUGUAUGAAUAUCUGAAUUUCUGACCUUAAAUAAAGAAAUUAUGCCUACCGUUGCGAAGUGUUUGAGUUCCUGUCAUGUGGAGCACAGUUCUACCACAAAGCAGGGACGUGAACUUCCCCAUGUGCCAUAUUCUCUGGAGGCUUGGGAAUCCUGUAAGGUUUGUGGCUUUUAUGCAGCUAGCAGUGAAACGCCUGCUGGAUGUUUCUAACCUCGUGAUAUUGAGAUUAAGCUGUUGAGACUGCUUAGUUUUUCAGGACUUUCUGGUUGUUUGUGUUCUCCUGAUUAUUUUCCAAUAAUAGUAUGGAUAUUGUAAGUGUGGUAGGUUUGCACCACAGGGUUUAAAUCCACACACCGUGUUGUGCAGGGGGCCCG